CCAAAUUUUUUGGAUCGGGGAAUCUUCCGGUCACCCGAUAUCAGUAAUAAAGAUAGCAAGGAAAUGAAGGAAUGGUCUACUUCAACUGUUCCACAUAUCAAGUAGAUGGCUAAAUUUAGCCAAUUAUUAUAUAACCAAUGUCUGCUCGCAUAUAGUCCAUUCCAGACUCUCCGAAAAAGAACCAACCUUUCAAACAAAAUGGUAGAUUCACUCUGGUUCAGUUCUUUAGCUUUAAUCAUCUUCAUCACUGUCAUUCACAAGCUCUUCAUAUCCAACGAACAAAAAUACCACAACCUUCCCCCAAGUCCGCCCUCACUUCCGAUCAUCGGCCACCUUCAUCUCCUAAAACAGCCAGUUCACCGAACCCUCCAAUCUCUCUCGGAAACCUACGGUAAAGUCCUCCUCCUCCGGUGGGGCUCACGUAAAGUUCUCCUCCUCACCUCCCCUUCCGCCGCCGAAGAAUGCUUCACAAAGAACGACAUCAUCUUCACCAACCGCCCUCGAAUGCUCGCCGGGAAAGUCUUACACUACGACUACACCACAGUCACCUUCGCUCCCCACGGCGACCUCUGGCGAAACCUCCGCCGCGUCAUGACCCUCGAGCUCUUCUCUUCCUCUCGUCUCGCGGCGUUCCAAUCCGUCAGGGAGGAAGAAGUCCGGGUGGUGCUGGAUCAGAUCAUGAGGAGAAGCGUCAACAAUAAUGGGAUGAGAAAGGUGGAUCUAAAGACCAAGUUUUUGGAACUCUCGUUUAAUGCAAUGACGAUGACGAUGGUGGGGAGGAGGUUCUACGGCGAAGAUGUGGAGGACCAGGCCGAGGCUAAGAAUGUAAGGGAGGUCAUUAAGGUAGCUGUGGAGCUUUCUGCGACAACAAACUUGGGAGACUUCUUUCAGUUCAUGCAGUGGAUGGAUGUUACCGGAUUGGAGAAGAAGAUUGUAGGGUUCAGUCGGAGGAUGGAUACGUUUUUGCAGGGUUUGCUCGACGAGCGUCGGAAAGUCAUGGCAGUCGAUUGUUCUGACCGGAAAGAUAAGGUUAGGAGUAAGUUGAUGAUUGAUAACCUAUUGUCACUGCAAGAAUCAGAAGAGAAAUAUUACACCGACGAUAUCAUCAAGGGCAUCGUUGGGGUGUUACUGGUUGCUGGGACAGAAACGGCAUCAACGACCAUGGAAUGGGCAAUGGCACUAUUGCUAAACCAUCCAGACAAGAUGAACAAAGUACGAACUGAGAUAGACGCAAAGGUUGGAGAACAUCGUCUAAUGAAUGAGCAAGACUUACCAAAGCUGAAUUACUUGCAAAAUGUGAUAACGGAGGCACUUCGGGUGUACCCCCCAGUUCCACUCCUAGUGCCUCGUGAAGCUUCCGAAGAUUGUGUGGUAGGGGGAUUUGAUGUUCCAAGGGGCACGAUGCUCAUGAUUAAUGCAUGGGCGAUUCAUAGAGACCCCGAGUUCUGGGAGGAUCCGACAGAGUUCAAGCCGGAGAGGUUUGAGGGUUGGAGCGGUGAAGGUGGGGAGGCAUAUAAGAUAGUCCCAUUUGGUGCCGGACGACGAGGUUGUCCCGGAGAUGUUCUGGCCAAACGGUUUAUUGCAUUGGCAAUAGGAACCUUGGUUCAGUCGUUUGAGUGGGAGAGGAUUAGUGAAGAGAAAGUGGACAUGAGUGAAGGGUUGGGUAUUUCAAUGCCAAGGAUCCAUCCCUUGGAUGCUUUCUGCAAACCACGCCCUGUUAUUGAGGCUUCAAUGUAAACAUAGGAAUGGUAGGAUAAGAACCAAAAUGUUAAAUCUCACGUACG